UGGUUGUGAUGCUGCCUGCUCUCUGUGUGUGUCUCCUCUCUCUGUCUCUCCCACAAUGACACCAGGGAGGUUCCUUAGCAGCAGGUGGGGAGACUCUGCUCUGGCUCUGGGGGCUGGCUACCAAGAGGGGAGGCAUGGCCACCUGAAGCUGCCCGGCAGGAGGAGGAGGAGGCGAGCCAGUGGCCACAACAAGUAGUUCCUCCAAGGAGCAGGCAGCCGGGGAGCCCGAAAGAGCCGCUCUUCUCCUCCGAGGCAUCCUAAAAAUAGCCGUCCGGAUGCCUAGCGUCGCCUCUCCUCCUCUUCCUCCUCUCCUCAACAGUCAUGUCUGAGCUACAGAGAUGGGGAAGCUCGAGGACAACGAGAGGGUGAUCCUCAACGUCGGGGGCACCAGGCACGAGACCUACCGGAGCACCCUCAAAACGCUGCCAGGCACUCGCCUGGCCCUCCUCGCCUCCCAGUCUCAAGGCGAGUCCCCGGGAGGCGCCGGAGGAGGAGGCAUCGUUGUCAUUGGGGAGGACCAGCAACACCACCAUCCACACCACCACCACCACCACCAUCCCCACCACCCGCCUCUCCCAUCUCCUUUGCCAGCUCCCAACCCGGGCCCCAACCCCGGUGUUGUUGGGGGUCCCUUGGACGACGGCGUUGGUAGUGGUAGUGGCAUCCCUCGCGCUCAUGACGGUGGUGCCAUCGUCUCGAGUGCCGGGGCUGCUUCAUCCACCUCGUGCUGCGAGUUCUUCUUCGACCGCCACCCAGGGGUCUUCGCCUACGUGCUCAACUACUACCGGACAGGGAAGCUCCACUGCCCGGCUGACGUCUGUGGGCCCCUCUUCGAGGAGGAGCUGGCCUUCUGGGGCAUCGACGAGACUGACGUGGAACCCUGCUGCUGGAUGACCUACCGCCAGCACCGAGAUGCCGAGGAGGCACUGGACAUCUUUGAGGCACCGGACCUCAUCACAGGAGAGCCUCCCCUCGAUCCUGAUGAUGACGAAGUGGCUGCCAAGCACCGCCUGGGCAUCGAGGACCUGGGUGCCACUGGGGGAACCUCCUCUGCCUCCUCUUGCACCAAUGGAGCCCCGCUGGAUGGGAAGGGAGGGCGCUGGAAGAGGCUUCAGCCCCGCAUAUGGGCACUCUUCGAGGACCCCUACUCUUCCCGCGCUGCCAGGUUCAUUGCUUUUGCCUCUUUAUUCUUCAUUCUACUUUCAAUCACAACCUUUUGCCUGGAAACCCAUGAAGCAUUCAACACCAUCAAGAACAAAACAGAGCCAACCGUCAAUGGUAGCGAGGUGGUUCUACAGUAUGAAAUAGAGACGGAUCCUGCUCUGACAUACGUUGAAGGAGUCUGCGUGGUGUGGUUUACUUUUGAAUUUUUAGUCCGUGUUGUUUUUUCGCCCAACAAACUUGAAUUCAUCAAGAACCUCUUAAAUAUCAUUGACUUUGUGGCAAUUUUGCCCUUCUAUCUUGAAGUGGGCCUCAGUGGGCUCUCCUCCAAAGCUGCUAAGGAUGUCCUUGGGUUCCUCAGGGUGGUGAGGUUUGUGAGAAUCCUGCGAAUCUUCAAGCUCACCCGACAUUUUGUCGGCCUCAGGGUACUGGGUCACACGCUCCGAGCCAGCACCAAUGAAUUUCUUCUCCUGAUAAUAUUUUUGGCAUUAGGAGUGUUGAUAUUUGCCACCAUGAUCUAUUAUGCGGAACGAAUAGGUGCCAGACCCAAUGACCCAUCAGCUAGUGAGCACACAGAGUUCAAGAACAUCCCUAUUGGUUUCUGGUGGGCUGUGGUCACAAUGACCACUCUUGGGUAUGGAGACAUGUAUCCAAAGACAUGGUCAGGCAUGCUAGUGGGUGCGCUGUGUGCUUUAGCUGGGGUGCUUACCAUAGCCAUGCCUGUGCCUGUUAUUGUCAACAAUUUCGGAAUGUACUAUUCUCUCGCUAUGGCAAAACAGAAGCUUCCUAGAAAGAGAAAGAAGCAUAUCCCACCUGCUCCUCAGGCAAGCUCCCCUAUAUUUUGCAAGACAGACUUGAACAUGGCCUGCAAUAGCACACAGGGGGAUGUCUGUCUGGGAAAAGACAAUCGACUGAUGGAACACAAUAAGUCAGUGUUAUCAGGUGAAGACAGUACAGAAAGUGAGCAGCCACUGUCACCUGUGGAAAGGCUCCCACCAAUCAGACGCUCUAGUACCAGAGACAAAAACAGAAGAGGGGGAACAUGUUUCCUACUGACAGCAGGUGAUUACGCGUGUGCUACUGAUGGAGGGAUCAGGAAAGAUAACUGCAAAGAGGUUGUCAUUACUGGUUACACGCAAGCAGAGGCCAGAUCUCUUUCUUAAUGGCUUGGGGAAGGCACAAAACAUGAAAGAAAGUGUUAUACCGAAUUUAUCAUGGAUUUUUGACUGCUGAAAAAGGGACAAUGGAAUUUAGCCAUACCAAGGACUGUGCUGGAAAGAG